UACUGUACGUACUGACGGUUGUUGCUCAGUGCAGCUCGACUUUGGCCUGAAAUAUAAAAAUAAUGGCUCAGCCUCCUCCAAAACCAUGGGAAAGGCGAAUCCCAGGAACCAUAACAGCACCGUUAAACUACCGCUCUACGGACUUUGGAUCAGCAUCCCAAAGUGGGCCAUCAGGAUCUGGUCCUCCGGUUCUAACACGUGUGGUGCCUCCAAUUCCUCCACGACCUGUUCGACAGUCAUACCGCCCGACAUACAGCUCAUUUCCCUCCUCGUACAGCCCUUAUGGGAGCUCCAUGUAUGGUGGCUACAGCCCCUACAGCUACAGUGGUUAUGGAGUCGGAGGCGGCCUGGGAUAUAACCGUUUCAACACAAUGGAUGAAAUCCCACCCAGUCGUUUUGUCCAGCAGGCCGAGGAGAGCAGCCGCGGAGCAUUUCAGUCUAUCGAAAGCAUCGUCCAUGCAUUUUCAUCAGUCAGCAUGAUGAUGGACGCUACUUUCUCUGCCGUCUACAACAGUUUUCGAGCUGUUCUAGAUGUGGCCAAUCACUUUUCCCGCUUGCGCAUACAUUUCACAAAAGUGCUGUCUGCUUUCGCCUUGGUUAGGACUCUUCGAUAUCUGUAUCGCAGGCUGCAGAGGAUGAUGGGAUUACGUCAGGGUUCAGAGGUAGAUGAUUUGUGGGCAGACAGCGCAGCCUCUUCUUCAGUGGUGUCUGCUUCAGGAGCCAGAGGUGCAGGGGUUGAAGAACCCGGAGUGAAUUCUGUCAAAUCGUGGCCUAUUUUCUUGUUUUUUGCUGUUGUUCUCGGAGGGCCGUAUUUGAUCUGGAGGCUUUUAAGGUCUGCUGAGGGUGCUGAGGAAAAUGCCACUAACUGGGCAAGUGGGGAGGAUGAUCAUGUAGUAGCACGAGUCGAGUAUGACUUCACUGCUGCGUCUGAGGAGGAGAUCUCUGUACAGGCUGGAGACAUGUUAAAUCUGGCGCCUAAAGAACAACAACCCCGGGUGCGUGGCUGGCUGUUAGCCAGUGUGGAUGGGCAAACCACCGGCCUUGUCCCCGCCAACUACGUCAAAGUGUUGGGCCGAAGGAGAGGCAGAAAGCAGGCUGAAUUAGAGAGGAUGGCACAGGCCCAGGAGGCUGCACAGAACCUUCCAGCACCUCAAACGGCCCUCAUUACAGCUUCUGUCCCAACGACAACACAUUCAGAGGAUCUGCUGGAGUCUGUUUAUGGGGAAACACAAGGACUUGGACUGGAGGUGCAACCAUCCACACACAACAGCCGUGAUACUGUAGUGAUGCAUUCAGAAAAGAUGGACUUAUGAGUAAUCUAUAUGUGCAGGGUGGGGUGUUUCUGUAGGGGAAAAGGUCUUCUUUGUUUUUUGAAUGUAUCACCAUUGGAAUAACUCAGUUCAACCACAAAAAAAUGGAGAGGAGCUAAUGAAAAUA